GCCCCAGUUGAGACGCAGAAGGUACGGAGACCCGCUGUUUGAUCCAUUGCGGACAAGGAAAAGGCCAUCUUUUCUUGGAAAGGGAGAAAAAAAGAAGAAAAGAGGACUGGUAUAUAUGGCUGGCAACGCCGUGGCUAACUCGGACUCUAUCCCUAUAGGUCAUCUGUCACGAACCGACUCGCUGCAAUCACAGACAUUGGCGGUGUAAACAGCAUCAGGUCCUUCACUCGGAGUUGGCAGCGCGCAGCCGGAUUCACCGAGGUCAUCCCCGCACGCCCCUCGUUCAUGUACGCGCCCGACCAAGCUCCCCUCGCUGCCCCGGCCCCUUUCCCAUACGGCAGAAGCGACCCCGAAGCUGCCGACCAGUCUACCGCCACUCCCCGGGCAUCUCUUCUGCGACAGCACUUCGAGUCCUCCCCGCCCAGCGAGCCGCCCUUUCGAGAUGACAGCGCAGAGCCGGGUGCCAGUCACCAGCUACGACAUCAGGCGAGCGGUUAUCGGGAGCGCGAGCAAAAGGCCCUCGAGAGCGAACUUCCAACUGCCUUUCGGGUAGGGAGCAACACCACUACCGCCGAGUCCAUAUUCGCUAUCCCUCCUCACUUGGGCACUCCUCCCGUUGUCGGUAGCUACGGCUCGUACGCAGACUAUGGCACAAUACGUUCGACCAUGAGCCGCACCUCCAUGGACCAGGCCGCGACCAUGUGGCGACAGCAGCAAGAGGUUGGGGGCAAUGUGCCUGAUGACGAGGUCCUGCCCAUCUUGGUUAAAGAGAUUGAGCAGGACGGUAAGAUCGUCUUGGCCGUCGAGGGACAGUCCACACUCCCCCAGACAGUAUUCAACUCCAUCAAUGUGUUGAUCGGAGUGGGCUUGUUGAGCUUGCCUAUGGGCAUCAAAUAUGCCGGCUGGCUUUGCGGCAUGGUCGCCCUGUUCCUGUGUGCGGCGGUAACAGCCUACACUGCCGAGCUGCUGGCGAAAUGCAUGGAUCUGGAUCCCGGUCUGAUUACCUUCUCCGACUUGGCUUUCAUCUCCUUUGGCCGGAACGCCCGCAUAGCCACCAGCAUCCUCUUCACCCUCGAGCUGCUCGCAGCUUGCGUCGCUCUGUUUGUCCUGUUUGCCGACUCCCUGGAUCUACUCUUCCCCGGCUUCUUGUCAGUGACCGGAUGGAAGUUUAUUUGCGCCCUAAUCUUAAUUCCCCUUAAUUUUCUCCCGCUGCGCCUUCUCAGCGUCACUAGCAUCAUCGGUAUCUUUUCGUGCUUUAGCAUUGUGCUCAUUCUGCUCAUGGACGGCUUUAUCAAGCCUACCUCGCCUGGUUCGCUCAUUGAACCAGCCACGACCUACAUGUUCCCUUCAAACUGGCUUACUCUGCCUUUGUCGUUUGGUCUACUCAUGUCUCCCUGGGGUGGACAUAGCGUGUUUCCGAACAUUUACCGAGACAUGAGACAUCCGUAUAGAUACAAGGAGGCAUUGAAGAUUACGUUUUCGUUCACGUACGUUCUGGAUGCAACCACAGCGGUUGCUGGGCUUUUGAUGUUUGGAGAUGACGUCCGCGACGAAAUCACUUCAAACAUACUCAUGGAGAGCAGCUAUCCCCGCGCUCUGACCUUCUUCAUGUGCAUGUUCGUGGCCAUCAUCCCACUGACCAAGAUCCCCCUGAAUACGCGGCCUAUCACGUCCACGAUCGAGGUCCUGCUAGGUCUCCACCAACAAUCUCUCGCCGACAGUUCGAGCAUGGUUGGACGCUCGAUGAAUUUCCGCGGAACCAUGAAGAUCGCCGUCCGCGUCCUGACCAUAUUCGUAUACUUUGCCAUCUCCAUCGUCUUCCCGGCGUUUGACAGCAUCAUGGCUUUUAUGGGGAGCGCGUUGUGCUUCACAAUAUGUGUUACUCUCCCGAUCGCUUUUUAUCUGAAGCUGUUUAGCCACGAGAUAUCAGCCAAGCAAAGGCUGGUAGCUACCAGCGUCAUGGUGCUCUCCACACUCCUGUCCAUCACCGGGACUGUUUGGGCUUUCCUUCCUAAGAGCCUGAUUGGUGCUUAGGGGUGAGGAAAUAUGUGAGAGAGAGAUGGAUAAGGAAAGGAAGAGAGGCGGGCUAGUUGUUCAUCCUUCAUUGCACUUGACGUUUGAAGUCGUUGGGGUUGGGCUUUAUAGGUCAUUCAUGGCGAGCGGAGGUCAGCAUUGUGCUAUUCUUGCGAUCUCUUUCUAUGUGUAUAUAAUAGUAGUGUUGGGCCGCACUUAGCUAGCACCAGAUCAACAGGAAAAAAGCGUGCGCAGGUAUACAUGGGAAUAUGGCGUGGUUGAAUGCAUGCAUGCAUAUAUACAUACAUAUACACCUACCUUUAGUGUUUUCAAUAAAGUUGUUGUGAGUUAA